AUGGCUGCUGAUGAUGCAUUCCGUCGCCCUUCCGCGGUGACGGUCGAACAGGGCGUGAGCACCUCCAAUGCGGAUCGCACCCUGGAGGAUAUGGGAUACAAGCCUGAAUUCGCUCGCAAUCGAUCGAUUUGGCAAGUCACUUUUAUGUGCUUCAUUCUCUCUUCAGUUCCCUACGGCUUGUCAACCACUCUAUACUACCCACUCGCCGCAGGUGGGCCGGCCAAUGUUAUUUGGGGUUGGGUGAUCAUCUCUUUCUUGAUUCUAUGUGUGGCUAUCUCAUUGGCGGAAAUCACUUCGGUCUACCCAACUGCAGGUGGUGUUUACUAUCAAACAUUCGUCUUGUCUCCGUUGUGGUGUCGUCGCGUUGCAUCAUGGAUCUGUGGCUGGUCCUAUGUUGCAGGGAACAUCACCAUCACCCUCGCCGUCAACUUUGGAACUGCCCUGCUCUUUGUGGCCUGUCUGAAUGUUUUUGAAAAAUCGCCGGGUGUUGGAAUCACUGAUGAUUUCCAGGCCUAUCAGACCUUCCUCAUCUUCUUAGCCAUUACUUUUUUGACGCACUCUAUCUCGGCGUUUGGCAAUAAAUGGCUGCCGUGGUUGGAGACAUUUGCCAUUUUCUGGACUAUGGCCGGUCUACUCGCCAUUGUCGUCUGCCUGUUAGCUAUCGCCAAGCAAGGUCGUCACGAUGCCGCAUGGGUCUUUGGUCACUUUGAAACUCAGGCUGGGUGGCCCGCGGGGUGGUCAUUCUUCAUCGGUCUCUUGCAGGCCGCCUACGCCACAUCAGCGACCGGCAUGAUUAUCUCUCUCUGCGAGGAGGUUCAAGAGCCCGCCAUCAUGGUCCCGAAGGCCAUGGUCGGAACUAUCAUUAUCAACUUUAUCGCCGGUCUUCUCUUCUUGAUUCCCGUCUGUUUCGUGCUUCCCGAUCUCACAUACCUGGUCAAUCUGGCUUCAGGCCAGCCCACCCCUGCCAUCUUCAAGGCUGCCAUCGGCAACUCGGCGGGUACAUUCUGUCUGCUUAUUCCCCUCCUUGUGCUAGGUGUCAUUUGCGGUGUCGGUUGUGUGACCGCCACCUCUCGCUGUACUUGGGCCUUUGCCCGUGACGGCGGCAUUCCCGGCUCGGGCUGGUGGAGCACCGUCAAUAAGACUCUCGACAUUCCAUUCAAUGCCUUGGUAUUGGGCAUGAUUGUGGAAAUUAUUCUCGGGGUGAUCUACUUUGGCUCUACUGCUGCGUAUAAUGCCUUCUCGGGUGUUGGUGUCAUUUUCUUGACCAUGAGCUAUGCCUGCCCGAUCGCUGUUUCCCUGAUAUUCCGUGGUCGUGAGGAUAUCAAGAACGGUAGCUUCAACUUUGGGGUCUUUGGCCUGAUUGCCAACGUUAUUGCUCUUGGCUGGAGUCUUCUUGCAAUUCCCCUUUUCUGCAUGCCGACACUUAAAUCUGUCACCAAGGAGAGCAUGAACUAUGCCUCCGUGGUGUUCGCUGGCUUCAUUGCUAUUGCUGCUGUCUGGUAUGGUGUCUGGGGCUACAACAAUUAUCGUGGACCGCCAACCGACGCUGUAGAGCGGGAUGAAACCUCCCCUGAACCUUCAGCCUACGGCGAAGUCCCCAAGAAGGCACCCAGUCAUUGA